AUAAACUCACCCGCGCCCGAUCUGCUCGUCAUCUCAUCAACGCCAUCUUGCGGCGCGGCCGCCCGGGCUGAUGCCACGACUCCCGCCAUGGCUCCUCCGCCAGGCCAAGCAGCAGUCCCAUGACCUCGCAGCCUUGCUGCCCGCGUGCAGGGACAUGCCCUCGGCGCGCAACGAGCUGCGCUGGAUCGAGCAGCACGUCCGGGAGACGACGGCGCCCGCUCGCUGCAGCAGCAGCCGCGUCCGGGAGCUCUGCCAGUCGCGUGGCCGCGGCGUGCCCCUGCAGUACAUCCUUGGGUCGCAGCCGUUCGGCCACCUUGACAUCAAGUGCAGGCCCGGCGUGCUCAUCCCGCGGCCCGAAACGGAGGCCUACACGUGCCACCUCGUAGACUCGAUCAAAAGGGGCCAGGUCCCUGGGCUGACCCCCGCGCGCGGGCUGAGCAUCAUCGACUUUUGCACCGGCACGGGAUGCAUCCCGCUGCUCCUCUUUGCCUCGCUCCAGCGCUGGGCCGCGCGCCUCGACGUGCUUGGCGUCGACAUCGCCGCCGCCGCUCUCCGCCUCGCGAACGACAAUGUCCACCACAACGAGCAGCAGGGCAACCUGAGUGUUAACGAGCAGCAGAGGCUGAGCAUCUCACGCACAGACGUGUUUGACGACGCCGACAUUGAAGCGCUGGCAGCGACGCGCUGGGACGUCAUCGUCUCGAAUCCGCCCUACGUAUCCCAGCGCGUAUGGGACUACGGCCACGGGCAGCUGGGGUAUUCCGUGCGAAAGUACGAGCCCAAGCUUGCCCUCGUUCCCGGGCAAGGCAUCGCGGUGCCGGACGGCUGGGAGCGCCAGGACGUCUUCUACGCCCGGCUCCUGGACGUGGCCUCGGUCUUGCGGCCAAAGGCGAUGCUGCUCGAGCUCGGCGAUGAAGCGCAGGCGCGGAGGAUUCUCGCCCAUAUGGCAGAACAUCCGUUGGUGCGUGGAUUGGUCGUCGAGGUCUGGCGGGACUGGCCCGAUGGCGCUGACGAUGCAGGCACCCAGACGCUCGACGUCCUCGGCUCGGGCCAGCCGUGGAGCGUACCAGUCAAAGGAGCCGGCCACAUUCGCUGUAUCUUCGUCAAGGGAAUGAGACAGUGAGUUGUGUUUGCCCGAGCACCUGGCCUUGCAACCCGCCAAUCAGUUGAGGCAACGAGAGCUCUCUCCAAGGUGCCAAGAUCAACGAUAGGCAAAUCCUGCUCCUACGCCAUCCUGAUAGGACUGCUAUUACACUUCUCGGGCUGGAUUCCGAAAGCAUACCAUUGACCCCGACUCAGCGGAGUCAUCGGGCAUACGGCUUAUCAACGCCUGCCCAAUGACAUGCCCAGCAAAAGAACUCCAUUGGCGUGCACAACUGGACCCUAUGCCACCUGACAAGUCCGCCGCGACGAGACCUGUUAGCAAGCGUUAUACUUUGGGAAAGACGCCAUUCCGCGCCCACUUGGCCGUCAUGCAUGCAUUCACCAGCGCGCGAGCCUCCAUGUUUGGGCUGGCAACCCCCGCCACGAAGGGCUCAGCAUGUCCGUACAAAGCUAGGAUGGCCUGACUAGAUAUGUGCUCUUGAGCAGUGUCGCUUAUAGCCCGAUCCGCACACGGCAAAGGACUCGGGAGAGGCCAAAUCAGGAGACUGGGUUAGGGACUGCCCCGUCGCCAAGAUAUUCGUAUGUCUGCUUGUCAAUCAAAGUCUUGCGUCUUAGACGUUGAUACGGCUCGUGAAUAUGCAAGACACCUGGCCAAACCUAACCAGCAUCCCACGAUGGCUAGACUGGUUACACCGCGUCAAGAAAUAACCGUAAAACCUCAAUGACCCUGGUUGGCGGAGACACUGACAGAAGCCACUUAUCACGAAUUACUUCGUACUUGUUAUAUAAAGUCCGAAUGAGGCUGUAAUCACACUGCCACCACUCCCAAAUGAACUACAUACUACAACCACAAGCGAAAGCCGAGUACAAGUCAGAUUCUGUCAUAAACUGCCACCUACCGUAAUUCGACAUUAUGUGCACGUGGUUCACAUUGAUCAUCGCCACUGUACUCAUGGCGCAACAUGCUGCGGCGGGC